GUUUGUUGUUGGAGAAAGGAGAGAAAGGAAAGCGCGAGGACCGUCGCCGCCUCCGCCACCGCGCCGCCGCGCCGGAGCCGAGGAGCCCCGGCCGUAGCCCCAGCGCGCCUUCCGCCGCCGGCUCCCGCGUCCUCGGACUUGUUCCAGCAGCCUGUUAAAACAUGGUGGAUUACUAUGAAGUUCUAGGCGUGCAGAGACACGCCUCGGCCGAGGAUAUUAAAAAGGCAUACAGGAAACUGGCACUGAAGUGGCAUCCAGAUAAAAAUCCUGAGAACAAAGAAGAAGCAGAGAGAAAAUUCAAGCAAGUAGCUGAGGCGUAUGAAGUGUUGUCAGACGCUAAAAAACGGGACAUCUAUGACAGAUAUGGCAAAGAAGGAUUAAACGGUGGCGGUGGAGGUGGAAGUCACUUUGACAGUCCGUUUGAGUUUGGCUUCACAUUCCGAAACCCAGAUGAAGUCUUCAGGGAAUUUUUUGGUGGAAGGGACCCAUUUUCAUUCGACUUCUUCGAAGACCCGUUUGAGGACUUCUUUGGGAAUCGAAGGGGCCCCCGCGGAAGCCGGAGCCGAGGCACGGGCUCGUUCUUCUCUGCUUUCAGCGGAUUUCCCCCCUUUGGAGGGGGAUUUCCUUCCUUUGAUGCAGGGCUCACUUCCUUCGGCUCGCUAAGCCACGGGGGCCUCACGGCGUUCUCCUCCUCCUCGGCCUUCGGCGGGAGUGGGAUGGGCAACUACAAGUCCGUAUCGACGUCGACGAAAGUGGUGAACGGCAGGAAGAUCACCACCAAGAGGAUUGUCGAGAAUGGUCAAGAAAGGGUGGAAGUUGAAGAAGACGGCCAGUUAAAGUCCUUGACGAUAAAUGGUGUGGCCGACGAGGACGCCUUCGCGGAGGAGUGCCUGCGACGAGGCCAGAGCGCGCUGCCCGCCCAGCCCGCCAGCUCCAGCGCCCGCUCGCUGCGGCCGCCGCGGCCCGCGCCCCCGCCCCGGCCGGCGGCGCACGCCGCGGGGGAGGACGAGGACGCGCCGGGCGCCUUCUGCGCAGGAUUCAAAGAAGGCGGCAAGAGGAAGAAGCCGAAGCACAGAGAGGAGUCGAAGAAGAAGAAGUCGACCAAGGGCCCCCUCUAGACGGCUGCGGCGGAGCAGCCGAGGGCACUCGCGUGCGGCCCGCCUCCUGCGGGCGGCGCCCGGG